GUAUUUUGGGGAUUAGAUAAAAAACUAGCUCAACGUAAACAUUUUCCCAGUGUCAAUUGGCUUAUAUCUUAUUCAAAAUAUCUACGUGUAUUGGAUGAUUAUUUUGAUAGAAAUUUUCCAGAAUUCGUUGGUUUACGUACUAAAAUGCAAGAGAUUUUACAAGAAGAAGAAGAAUUAUCAGAAAUUGUACAAUUAGUUGGUAAA